UUUCAUUAAUGUUUUGCAGCUUCCUCCCUUCCUCUUCUUCACCAAUCUCAGCUGGAAACAUUGGAGGGUUUUUUCUUCUUCUCCCCCCAACCCUCCAUCUCUCUCUCUCUUUCAGAGAAUAAAACACGUUUCCGCGUCUCGGGGCCAAUUUAUUCAGUGCAAAUAGCACAUGAGAGCCAGCGCAUUUUUUUUUCUUCCCCAAGCCUGCAACGGAUGAACGAGCACGGACCGCUCCGGUGACUAAUUACCAUCAUAAACCCCGCACAAGUUCUGCGGGCGAGUCCGGCUCGUUUUAUGCCUCCGUAUUACCGUGCAGCCAGUGCCGCAGCGGGGAGAUAAUCGGGCGGAGGGAGCAGUUGCACAGAGUAGACGGAGAGAGAGAGAGAAAGAGGAGAGGAGAGGAAGGGACUGGCAGCACAUGAUCACACGGGCUGUAUCCAGUCACUCAUCUACUGGAGCAUUCAUAAUUGCGGUGGCGUCCACAUAUGGGAAUACAACGGUGGCGAGAUUGCGAUCGCACCUGAUUCUGGAGGACAGCGUGCGGGGGAGAAAGGUGGUCAAAUCCGGGGGACUUUGCCUGAACCAGCCGAGGGGAAAAGAGAGACUGAAAGGGAGGGAGAAAAGAGAAAGAGCGGCAGCCCCAAACACUAUCCGGGAGCCGAUCCGGAAUCAGAAGCGACAACCAAUCUACAUCAGAGUCCCGAAAGCUGAAAACGCAGAAGAAAGAGCAGCUCCUAUAAAACAGAGAGAGAGAAAACGAGCGAGAGAGAGAGAGAGAGAGCACUCCUACACGCCGCCAUCCGCCUCGGCUUCCUGGAGUUCACGGACUGUGUAAGCAGGAGCCUGGGAGGGCGGCGGCGUUCGGAGACUUUGAAGGAGUUGUGUUGGGAAGAAUAGUGCAGAUGGUGUGGCAUCAUCUCCUUCCCUGUCAACCCCACUUCAGAAAGGUGGAGGUCGCAGGAUUCCUGCUCAGUGCAGCUUAUUAGGAAGCAACACCAUACUUGGGGAGAGACAAAAAAAAAGACAGUCUUCAUGUUCCUAAUAAUGGCAGCUGUUUGCAUGGCCAAACUGGGUGCCCAGCUCUUUGUGCUGUUCCUUUGCCUGACUAUACAUGCCGGCAUGCUUCGGUUUGCUGCUGCUUCUAUACAAGGAUACUUUGGGGACAUAGACAUGACGUGCCCAUCUGUAUGCAGGUGCGAUGAGGACUUUAUCUAUUGUAAUGAUCGUGGCCUGAGCUCCAUCCCAUCACUGCCUCCUUCUGCAUCUGUCCUCUACCUUCAGAACAAUCACAUAAACAACCCAGGCCUCCCCACCUCCUUGGAGCGUCAUCUGUCUGUACGCGUUGUAUACCUCUAUGAUAAUGAGCUGGAUGAAUUUCCCAUGCACCUUCCUCCGUCUGUGCGAGAGCUGCAUUUGCAGGACAACAAUAUACGCACCAUCCCUCGCACCACGCUGGCUCGAAUGCCCUUGUUAGAAAAACUCCACUUGGACGACAACUCCAUCUCCACUGUGUCCAUUGAAGAUCAGGCCUUCGCCGACAACCCGCGGUUACGCUUGCUUUUUCUUUCACGCAACCAUCUGUCUAGUAUUCCCUCAGGACUGCCAGCUUCUUUGGAGGAACUGCGUCUGGAUGACAACCGGAUCUCUACUAUCCCAACUCAUGCUUUCCGAGGCCUCAAUUCGUUAAGGUGUCUUGUUUUGGAUGGGAACCUUUUGGCAAACCAACGCAUUGCAGAUGACACAUUCUCCCGUCUCUCUAACUUGACAGAACUGUCCCUCGUGCGCAAUUCCCUUCAAACCCCACCUGUCAAUCUGCCCAGUGCUCAUCUACAGCGACUGUCUCUACAAGACAAUGCCCUGACUCACAUGCCACGUGGUUCCUUGGACGGCAUGCACAGGUUGCAGAGAUUGGACUUAUCAGGAAAUAACCUAACUACGUUACCAAGGGGGCUGUUCAAAGACCUUGACAGUCUUGGCCAGCUGCUGGUGCGUGGGAAUCCGUGGCACUGUGGCUGCAACCUUCGAUGGCUUUAUGACUGGUUGCGUGCCCGCGGCAACACCAUCACCGUCAGGGGUCUCACUUGCCAUGGGCCGGACAGGGUGCGAGAUCUGGCUUUGAUUGACCUGGGCAGUGAAAUGGAGGAAUGUGAAGUAGUGAGACUGACGGGGACUAAAGACAAAGGGGCUGUUGGUGGGGUUGAGAGCUCCACUACCAAUGCACCUCCACAGGGUUCCCUCUUUACUCUGCGCUCAAAGAGGCCUGGCUUCGGGUUUCCCGACUCUGGCUUAGACUACACUCUUAGCAGCAGUGGUGUGGGGAAGAGCUUGGCGCUAAAUGUAAAACCUCUAUCUCACAACAGUAUUCGUGUUACCUGGAGUGCAGCUCAGCCAAGCUCCUCUUUUAGGUUAAGCUGGCUCCGACAAGGUACUGGGAAUGCCAUGGAAUCGAUCACAGAGACGCUUGUGCGGGGUGAUCGCCAAGAGUAUCUGCUAACUUCCCUUCAGCCACGCUCUAGCUAUAUCAUUUGCAUGGUGCCACUGGCGGUCAGUUCAGAAAGCAAAGCCACAGUUUCUGGAGAUGCUGACUCUGAAGAAGCCUUAGUUUGUGCAAAAGCAGAAACGUCAGACCCUAGCACAUCGGAAGAGGAAGAGGAUGAGGAUUCACAUCACAUUACAUCACUGCCUCUAGCAGGGAUUAUUGGCGGAGCUACCGCCACUGUAUCUUUGGCUCUAAUUUUUGGCAUCUUCUGUUGGUACGGGCAUAGAACUGGGCAUUUAUGUUCCCGUGACCACUACACUCGCAGUAGCUCGAGAAAAAGCAAAACCUAUGAUGAUUACAUUGAAUCUGGCACGAAGAAGGAUAACACGAUCCUGGAGAUUCGCGGCCCAGGUUUCCAGAUGACACCAAUGCCAGCUUGUCCGCCGAUGCAACCGAAACCCCUUCGAGAGGAUUACAUCAUUCACACCAUAUUCCCCUCCAAUGGCACCGGCUUAUACAAAGGGUCCAACCAUGUUUCUAAUGCUGGGCAUAGCACCAACCGUGGCUAUAGAGAAGGAGGAAUCCCAGAUAUAGACUACUGCUACACAUGAUGUAUUGUACCAGAUGCUGUUCAUAGUGUAAUUGGUAAAACUGUAUAGAUGCACAAUUUCCCUUGGCAUGGACACUUCUGAAGCACCCCUCUGUGCCUUCUUCUUCUUCUGGUCUCCCAUUCCAAAUGACCUACUGUUCAUUACUGAGAAGACUGAAUACAAUUAACUGAACUGUGUGGGAACAAUUCACUGCAGGAAGCAGCAGCCAGUGCCCCAGGUGUAAAUGCACAGCUGAGUGUUUCUUCACCAUCUUAGUAAUGGCCUGUGUAUGAUUCUCUCUCUCUCUCUCUCUCUUUUUUUUGUUUUUUUGCUCUUUCUCUGUGACAUGGAAGAAUGUAUCUUUAGUGGAAAGGUCAAACCUGGCGUAGGCGAAGGUGGAGUUUCUUUUUCACACAUGGCAGCUGCAGCGGUCAGCUCAAAAUGGAUUCAUUAAUGAUGAAAAACAGACAUUUUUGGUACUUUUUUUUUCCUUUUCCUUCUCACCAGUCACACACAGUAUGUAGUCUUAUUGACUCAUUGUUCCAAAUGCCUCAACUAUAUUGAUGUGCCCUAUCAGCUACCCAAGCAAAGGGCUUUGUAAAGCUGUGAAUUGUUCUAUUUUAAACAACCCAAUAACCACUUGUCUUAAAGUAGGCUUGCUAUUUCCUUAUUCAGUAGAUGGCAGGGUUACGACGGUACGAGGGCUGAUCGGCUUUGGUUUUACCUCUUCAGAUCAUUCACCUGAGAUCAGUAAGGUAGUGCUGCAGCACGUGUGUGUAGAUUAUUUACCAUUAUCAUUACCAACCAGGCUGUGUUUGGAUAAUGCUUUGCUGUUUCUUUUUCAGUGGUUUGUUCCAUGAUGAAACUCUACACAGAUAUCUUUAUUUAUAUUGUCCUUUAUGAUAUGAUUUGUCUCUGCUUAAACCGCUUUUUUUUUUGGUAAUUUGUACCUCAUGUUUGUCACAAUUAAUGAAUUUCAGCUGUUUUCAGAAUUCUGUUUUUUACUUUAAACAUUGACAUGAAUUAUCGAUCGAGUCUGUUUGUACUGUUAUGUCAUUUUAUUUAAUUUUUUUAAUCAAACCACCCAAAGUUUAGCAUGUAAACCCUCAGAUCCCCUUAGGCAACGACCUCAGCUGCUCUUUUCCAACGUGUGCUUCACCCCGUGACCUCAGUUGCAGACUUUUUGGGUUUGUAAACCGUUUCCUCCCCACCACCGUUCUGACUGAGCGGACAAGCUAAUAAAGCGGAGCCUCCUGCUGGAGGAAGAACUCUUGUGAGUGACCUAGAAGACGAGGCCAAGAACUGUGAGUGGAUUUGAGGAGACUCCAACCGCAACACUGUUGACCUACACUGUGGGGCGGCGGCCGAGUUGUGUGGGCGGGUGGACAGGUGGGGAAUGAGGGGAGACUCAUCAGUGAUGGCGGUUCACUGAUGUUUGUUUUAGCGACCGGAGAAAGGCCUCCGCUCAUUCCACCUCUUUUAUUACUGAGCAGCACUAAAAAUGUAAAUGUGUUAGCACUUAGCAGGGAGGAGGAAUAAAAGUAACAGGGGUAAAGACACAAACCUGUGUGUAUUGAGAAGGAUACAGAAUUGAUGGCUGCUGCACAGAGGGGUUCAGAGCUGCAUAAAUCUGUUUGUCAUACCUGGAUGCGACCCUCCCCGGGUUUAUUAUCGUCUAUCAGUUGUUUAUCACUGUGUUGCUUCCAAAGGGGAAACCGUUUGUGCUUCCUUUGACUAUUCCGUCCGGCAGUUUCGUACUGGUGUCAGACAAUACGUCAGUGGAAUGUAAAAUUCACCUUGCACCCAAAAUUACUGGCUUGGCUAAUUUUGUUUUGGGGAAUGUUGAUAUAGUGUAAUUGUGACUUCUUUUCUUUUUUUUUUCUUCUAAUUUUUUUUAGGUUUUUUUUUCCAAGUGGGUCUGUUAAAGAUGCAUACUUCCUCUUCAUUUGUAUAAAUAAAAUCUUGGCCACAGCCACAUGAAUAUAUAUUUUUUUUCUGGUGAAAAGUAUAGAAAAUAAUAGUGCCAUAAUUUUGCGUUUAAAAAAAAAAAGAAGAAGAAAAAAAGAUGUAAACCUGAGAUGUGUGUGGAAUUUGCUUUAUGAAUUCAUCUUCAGAGGGGAUUAAUAAAAGUUUUAUAAUCUUGUUA